AUGGUGAAGAAAGAAAUGGUUUGUGAGUUAAAGUCUGGCAAAACCAAAGAAGAUCUAUCAACUUAUCUUUUAAACAACCACGGGUUCAAUGUUGAUGUUGAUGUUGACAAUUCAGGAAUGAGGCAGACAACAGGAAGAAGAUUCAAGCUCAAUGAGAAGUUCUCGAAAGAAGUAACAAAAACAUGCAAAAAUUCAUUUUGCUAUGAAGGAUUCUGUUCCAUACCUAAAAAAUUAUGUGAUGGUGUUGUCAAUUGCAAGUCGGAUUCUGGUAGCCCUUGUUUCUGCAGAAGUAGACAAGUUGAAAAGAAAUCAUUUAAUAUCGUGGUGGGAAAUGAAACAAGAUUGAACGAAGAUUGCUGGGGACAAGAGCUCAUUGAAAUCAGAAGAUACAAAACGAAACCCGAAGGUGUUACCAGACGUCAGAGACUUCAAAACCAUCUUCCAAAACUAUCAGCAGAAUCUAUUGAACAAAAUCAGCCAGAACAGGGAAGGGUUGAUGUUGAACUGAACAAGGAGGACGACGACAAUUUCAGAUCUAGUCACUUCAUGACUUGUCAUGGAGGAGUCAUUAGAAUUACUAGAGAAUUUGACAAUAAGCCACUCCGUUACAAGCUGCAGAACCAACAUUUCUACAUUCAUGGCAUACUAGAAACCAAAACUGUGAGCGUAAAGCCUCCAUUGGAACUCUUCUUAAGACCCACGAAAUUCAAAGCCAUUUUAUCCUACCCUUCUGACAACGGCCACAAAAUGAGUUUAAACUGUCAAAUAGAAGACUCUUGUACAUUAAUCAACGAACAAGAAAAUUUGAGCUUGAGGAUUUCAAACCCUCAGUGUUGGUCAACAGACUUAUAGAUUAUAGUAUUUGUUGUUGGUUCCAUCUUGUGUGUUUGUGUUUUAAUGUUGUUAGUAAUGCUGAACAAAGCUGUAAACUCACCGAGAUCUGGGACGACUACCGUCGUGCACCCUCGUGUCACGCUCCACCACGUUUGGACUCGAAACAAGCUCGACGCACCACUCAGCGCAACCAGCGUGAGAACUCAAAGGCGGAUUCGAAAGAAACCACUCGAGAUUUCAAACGCGAGAACGCGCGAGGCGGUACGAGAGUAACGGUAGACUACCCCAACCACGCUCUACCAUUUUUUGAUUACGACCAAAGCUCCAAAAACCAUAAGCAAAAACGGAAUCACCGACGACGAGACUUGUUGAGAAAGUUCACCGCUGCUGCUACGGCUGGAAUCUCGCUCACUUCAAUCCAGCUUCAACAGUACAACGUUACUAGUACUAAUCCACCCAUUUUGUGGCGACCACGACAACAGUAA